CGUGGGCCAGAAAUCGUAGCGUGCAGAAUCGUUCGGAGUUUUUGGUGGCAACUUUUUUUCUUUCCUAAUGGACUCCUUUUGUGACACUGAUUAAUAUUUUUGAUGUUGCCGGCAGAAAACCCAGCAAACUAAUGUGAAAAUAAAGGUAGAAAAUUGCCACUUUCCCGUCGCGUCGGCGAUGUUUUUUUGAACGCCGAUUGAGGGCGGUAUGCUGCAACCUCGAAUCGGCGCUUCGUAGGUGAUUUAGAAAAUCGCGUUAAUUUUCCCGGGGACGAGGACGUCAGGAGGAACAUGGCGGCGCCCGUCGGCAGGACGUGCGUUGGCGAAGAAAGCGGUGAAAUUUCACCAUUUUCAGAGACGAGCUGGAAGAAGUUUGUAACUUGUUGUCAGCAAUGACAAGAAUUGGAUGGAAAGGAGAGAGGAGUUGCCCAAAAAAGCAAAGAUAUAGCGAAAAACGAACGACCAAAGGCCGAGUAUGGCUACCAAGUGCACCGGCAUUGGCAGAUAUUCUGCAAUGUAUCAAAAAUAAAGCGAGCGAAACUGAGGAUGGAGAAGAGCUCAACUAGUGAAGGAGGUGAUGGCGCAGGAGAUGUGGUAAUCCCCCGCAAGAGAAGACGCACAGGAGAGAAAGAGCAAAGGACCAGGCAUGUUCUACCAGUGGAGUGCAUCAUAUGCAAGAAGAGCAAAUGGAUCCAGCCGCCAUAUGGACCGCGGAAAAAAGAGCCACUCACAAACUGUGAAUAUGAAAAAGGUGGACAACUUAUCAAGGCUGCUGAACUACUCAAUGAUGAAUCCAUCCUUCUUGAUAUUCAAGAUCAAGACAUGGUGGCAAUCGAAGUCCGGUAUCACAGAUCAUGCCACAAGAAUUACAUCAAGGCGACUUGCCGUGUACAGACUUGUGUCGUUGCAGUGAUUGUGAGAACACCACUACUGAAGACAUCGAAUGCCUGUCCAGCGAUGACGAAGAAAGUGACAUUGAAGACGAUGAAUAGACACAGGGACUUCACGUAGUACGGAAAAGUUUACAUACAUGUAUUCAUCAUCAGCCAUAUUUAUGUGUUUGCUCAUUCUACAUGUACAUGUACUUGUAAAUAUGCAUAGCUUUUUUUUUGGCCUGGUGUAGACAGCAGAAACGUGAUUCGCCAUGAUGCCUUUCAGGAAGAAUAUUUCUUUGGUUUGUAUUGUACAGCAAAUUCCAGUUUUCAACAGUAUAUUUUUAGGCUUAUGACAAUUCCUCAUCUACAAAUAGUUCUUCCAGCUCCACCUUCUGUCGACCCAAGUUGAUGCUUGAGACGGGCGCAACAGCUCCACACUUAAGUGAAAAACUCAAUACAUGUAAUGCCUUGACAAUCCAUCAUUGCAUAAUUGCAUACUUUAUUACAAUAAUUAUGACAUACAUGUAUUUGGAAUUAUGGAAGUUCCAGUUCUAGACAGUUCAUUUUUGUGUUAAUGGCAAAUUCAGUGAUACCUUGAAGAAUUUUUUUUAGAAAAAAAAAUUGAGUAUGGCCAAAGAUUUAUUUGUUGCUUAUUUAUUAAUUAAUUACCACAAAGUAAAAACUUUCCAAUUAGGACAUUGUUGGAAUCAAAUACUCUACUUUAGGUAAAUGACAUAAUUCGGUAAUCUGCAAAUAGGCCUAAGUCUUUGAACUUCAUAUGUUAUGAAAAACUCGGUGAUAUCUUGAAAAAAAAAUUUGGGUGGUACAAAGUGUUGACUGUGGUCAACUUAGCGUUAAUCGUUGAUAGUUUGAGAAUUAAUUACCAUUUAUUGUUUGCCUCUUUAGGUAAAUGAAAUAAGUCGGUCUUCUCCAAAUAGUUUUUCCUUUCAUAAACAUUUAAGAACAAAAGUUGGUGCUGUUUUAAUUCAAUUUGUUGCAAAAUUGCACAAUUAAUUACCAUAAUUAUGUAAUUAUGUGAUUAUGUUAAAUUGGAGACGGUUCAUUUUGGAUUAAUGACAUAAAUGUACAUGCAAUUCAAUACUUUCAGCCUCACAUGCAAAAAUCCAGUGAUACCUUGAACAAACUAUUGGCAUAAAAAACACUGAAUAUGGACAAAGCGUUAUUUUGUGCAUAAUUUCAUAUUUAAUGAUCACAACAAUAAAACCAUUAAUAUGAUAUUUUUCCUUGGCAUCAAUAUAACAAUUGUUUUAGGUUAGUUAUAUAAUGCAGUCGUAUACAAUUAUAGAAAAAGUCAGUCAUGCCUUAUAUGGAAAAGUCAGUUUCAUGUAUGCCUUCUGUGCCAAUUUGCAAUAAAACAUAUAUGAGCAUUGUUUUUGCAUAAUUAAAGUACAUGUGAUUAAGAAACCACCUUGUUUAUGAACCUACAAGUGUGUAGAUUUAAUGAUCAUUAAAUAUUCUAAGUGGGUGACGAUCUGCAUUUAAA